GACCUUUGAGCCCAAGUAUCCUGUUUAUACAUGAACAUGCUUUUCUUGAAAUGUAGAGACUGGAUGCCUGUACCUGGCACAUGGUGGGAGCUCAAUAAACAGUGAUACUGGCAGAGGGGUAGGGUUUCACCAGGUGUGGCAGCUUAUUUCCAGAGGCAGGUGGGAGCUGCAACCUGCUAGCCAAAUUCAGGGCACAAAUCCUCUUGGCCUCCAUGAUGUUUAUUUGCUAACAUUUGUAAGUUAGACGAUUUCACAGAAGAAAAAAAAUCGUCCAUUUUUUUCCUGGAAAAAAUCAGAAGUCCGUUAAGGAAGCAACCGCUUUAAGAAGCUGCUGUGCCGUCAUGGGUAGAUACUGAACACCUCUGCAGAUUCAUGCCUUUGUAGAUCCUGUGUACUAUGGGCAUUGCCUGAUGCAGACCGAAGACUUUCUUCCUGCCUGUUUCAGGCAGUGGAGGAGGAGGAAGAGAUGGAUCCCCCGGCCUCGGCCUCGAGGGUCUUCUGCAGCCGCAUCCUGAGCAUGGUGAAUGUGGAUGAUGUCAACGCCAUCAUCCUGGCCCAGAAGAACAUGCUGGACCGCUUUGAGAAAACCAACGAGAUGCUGGUGAACUUCAACAACCUGUCAAACGCCCGCCUGCAGCAGAUGAGCGAGCGCUUCCUGCACCACACGAGGACCCUGACGGAGAUGAAGCGGGACCUGGACAGCAUCUUCCGCAGGAUCAGGACGCUGAAAGGGAAGCUGGCCAGGCAGUACCCAGAGGCCUUCAGCCACGUCCCAGAGGCAUCCCUCCUGGAGGACGACGACGAAGACCCCAUCCCGCCCAGCACCACGACCACCAUUGCCACCUCGGAACAGAGCACAGGUUCCUGUGACACGAGCCCAGAUACCAUCUCACCCUCCCUCAGCCCUGGAUUCGAGGACCUGUCCCAAAUCCAGCCCAACUCCCCUGCCAUCAAUGAGCACAGCCAGAUGGAUGAUAAGCAGAUGCCGGGCCAGUAGCUCUGUUCCCAGGCACUCCAAGGGGUCUCUCCAGGUAUCUGAGGUGGCAGCAGAUAACCCUGCCUGAAAAUGGUCAGCUUUGCCACCCUAUUCUGUCACCCAGGGCACCCUGGGGGAUAAGGCUCCCUCCCAGCAUGGGGGAAUCUAUCAUUCUCACUCCUCCUUCACUGAGGCUAUUUUUCUCCUGCAGACCCUCUGCCAGGCCAGGGGUUGAGCAGCCAGCUGGAGUUGUUGGGCUGGGCACAAGGAAUCUUUUCCAGAGCCAGGCCUGAGGUCUGCUCUGAACAACACUUAAAGGUUCCCAAAGACAAAAGCCAGAUGUCCCCUGUCUCAGCACCCCAGUCAGGACCUCCUUGAGGUGGACAAACAUCAUGUCUCAGUUCACUCCCACACCUACUAAUUCUGGUCUCCCCGUCCCUUCCUCCAAGGAAAGUAUUAAAUACUUUCUCCAAUCAGUAUCUCAAGGAGGUUUCUGAAACAGUUGUAGAAAGCUCAAGACCAUCCACUCAGCCCCAAGUGUGAUAAAAGCCCACAUUUGUCUGACCAAAGGUGUGAGCCCUGAGGGCCCUGCAGAUCUCUCCCAGGGCCUCCGUGAAGCCAAGCCACCUUGGAAAAUAGAAUUUAACCGAAUAUUUUUGUAUCCGAUGUUUACAGAUGCUGUUGGGAAGUUAUCAAUAAAAAGACUAAAAACGGAAGGGUGUACCCAGCA